GGGGUCCUCCGAACUUUUUGGUUAUCCGCAGUGCGCUUGUGGAAUUGUGCACUGGCGUAAGCGCUUCUCUGUGUAAUCCCAGGGGGUGUGGACCUAUUGGAUGAUUGCGCAGCUGUAGUUGCGCAUGUUGAGAGCGCGCAGCUCGCAAUAAAAGUGCAGGAGAACAGUUUUUUUUGUUACUAGCCAACAACCAGCGAGUGGUUCACUAGAGAUGUAUAACAGGUUUGUAGGAACGGUCUUUUUUGCGGCCGUUCUUCUCGCCGGACAAGGUUAUUCGCAGUGCUUCAGCAGCACCGAUUGCUCGGGAACAGAAGUUACUGCGAACGAUGAACGAGACUGCUGUGUUGGAACAGAUGAUGGCCGUUCCUACCAACUUGGUACCAGCUGCACUACGUGCAUUGUUCAUGGAUUCGAAAGGACUGCGUAUAAUGUUAUGGAGAGGGGUGCAGGUGACACGGGAGGAUUGGAUAUCAUUUUUAGACCAAAUGUGAAGGGUAUGCAAACUGUUACACUUCCUGGAGAAAUUAUUAUUGAUGACAGGAGCAUUGCAAAAGGAGGUACCGAUUAUGACACAAUACCUUCUACAAGACUUCGAAAUAAUCGUGCAACAAUUUCUCUGAUCACUCGAAAUGAUGAUGUUACUCUUGAAGAUAAUGAUAACGUUAUUCUGGCAUAUGAUCCUGGUGUUCCAGGAUUUAUUCCUACUAUCGAAGCAACAGAAACAGGAGUGUACAUUAGAAACAUUACUACUGUGACUAUUGAGGAUAAUGAUCCCUUGAGAGUCACUUUCGACCUGCGUGAGUAUGGAUUUACGGAAGGGUCAGACGUUCACCCACAGAUUCGUUUACAGUUCACUGAAAUCCAGAACCCUUUUGAUAUCACACUCACUCCUGUUGAGAUUUCCACAAUAGAGGGCGUAGGGAAUUUCAGUCGUUUCAUCGACUUUGAUGAUAUUGCAUCAGAGGGAGCACGAGCCACAGCAGGUGAUGACUUUGAAACUACACCAGUCACUUUCCGUGUUUACCCUAAUAAUUCAAUACUAUACGUAUUUGAUCAAUUCAUCGAUGUCAAAGACGAAGAAAUUGUGGAAGUGGAUCAGUUUUUUGCGCUAGUUGCCACAAUAGGACAAAAUGUUCCCGAAGGAACCAGUUGUUUCCAAGAUAAAGCAUCGGGACAAUCAGAGUGCUUUGGACGUGUCGGUGCUACACAGAUAAAAAUAUUCAAUGAUGAUGAGAUGGUCGUUGGAUUUACUGACAGAUUUCAGACCAUCAGUGAAAGUAUAUUUCCAGAUCAGGACGAAGAACAAUUUGAUAUCACCAUCACAAUCUCUUCAAAGAGAGUUUCUGAGCAGGAAUAUAGAAUGCAAUUUAGUUUGCAGCCUGGCUUGACAAAUGCCACAGUUGUACCACUGAUUUCAUCUACUCCUAAUUUUGAUGUCAGAUUUGGUGCACAAGAGUCAGACCUUGUGCCUGGUUCAAGGAGUAUUACUAUCACAGCUGAAGUAAAGGACGAUCUUCGUCCUGAAGAUAAAGAAUGCUUCACGGUUCUAAUAGAGACUAUUGAUACCGCGUUGAGAGCAACAUUUUCGUGUAUUUCUGAUGGCGACACAAGUGAACAGAGUUACUUUUGCCUGCACACUGUCUGCAUUGUGGAUGAUGAUGAUCCUUUUGUUGUUGCACUUGUUGAGACAACAUACACUGUUUUUGAGAGCAACGAGUCAGUGGAGGUUUGUGCCCAGGUUACUGACCCACCUGAUAUCUUAGAUGAAACAGUGGUUGUGUUUGUUAUUGAUGAUUCAUCUUCAGUCGAUAAUACGUGCAAUGGUAGAGAUGCAACUCCAGAUAUGCCUGAUCCGAUUAGAAGGUAUUUGAUGCCAGCUAGAACUGAUUUUGCACAGCAGACAAAAAUUUACAACCAAAUUGAUGAUACAACCAUAACUUCAGCAAUGAUGAGGGUUUGCUAUAGUCAACCCAUUUAUAAUGAUGAACGCUUAGAAGCAAUAGAGUAUUUUGGGGUUACCCUGGGUGUCCUUGAAUCUUCUUCUGCGACAGAUGUUGAUCCAAUGUAUGACUUGGCUACAAUAUGCAUAGUUGAUGAUGAUGUGGCUGUGGUGGGUCUGGAGAUGACAGUAUACAGUGUCUCAGAAGGAGAUGGUAAUGUGGAAGUGUGUGCUGUGGUGCACAGUCCAAAUAUUGACUGUCCUAUUGAGUUUUCCUUUGCCGUCAACCUAACAACCAAGGAUGGAACCGCAAUUUCGCCCAUGGACUAUGGUGCUCUGUCCACUACCCUCAUGUUUGAUACUUGUGAAACUAGAAAGUGUACCAAUAUAGCAAUAGCGAACGAUGAUAUUCCUGAGGGUACAGAGUCAUUCAACGUCACUCUUGAGGGUACUCCUGGACUUGAUGACAGGAUCACUCUUGACCCAGUAGACGGAGAGAUCCAGAUCAGUGAUAGAGAUGGUAUCUGU